AUGUCCUACAAGAUACAGGAAGUGAUGGAGAGAAGUGAUUCAAGCAGGCUUCAUGUAGUCAUUGUAGGAGCCGGUCUCGGUGGUCUCGGUGCUGCAAUCGCCGUCCGUCUCGCCGGCCAUGAUGUCACGGUUUUGGAGUCUGCACCAGCAAUCGGCGAAGUCGGUGCCGGUAUCCAAGUUCUUCCCAACGCUGCUCGAGUUCUCUUCUCCUGGGGCCUCGAGAAGGAGUUGAUUAAAAAUGCCACCAAGCCAAGAAAAUGCAACUUCAUCGGAUGGAAAGGAAACUAUCUCUCCGAAAUGGACUACCAUGGCUAUGCGGCUGCCUCGGGAGGCUACCCUUUCCUCGAUUUUCAUCGCGCGACUCUGCACAAAGCACUUUUGGACAGAGCUCAAGAGCUUGGUGCCAAGAUUCUUUGCGGAUCUAAAGUCUUGUCCUACGAGAUUGCAGAAGACAACAGCCAUGCAACUGUGUUUCUAGAAGGAGGUCAAACCAUGAAGUCUGACUUAGUAGUCGGCGCAGAUGGCAUCGCCUCUUCACUCAGGGAGCAGUUCCUCGGCCGAUCCGAUCCUCCACAAUUGACGGGUGACUUGGCAUACCGGCUGCUACUGUCGACAGACGAGAUGAGAAAAGACCCAGACCUGAGGCCAUUCGUGGAAGACCCCCAAGUCAACUACUGGGUCGGUCCUGAUAAACACGCUGUCAACUAUGUUUUGAAAGGAGGGGAGCUCUUCAAUAUGGUUCUCUUGGUACCAGAUGAUAUCCCACUCGACAGUGGAAACACUUUGAAGGGCAACAUCGAAGAGAUGAGGGCCCAUUUCGCCGAUUGGGAUCCUCGAAUCGGGAAGAUGCUGAGCCUUUGCGACUCUGUUCUCAAGUGGAGAUUAUGCAUUCGCCCUGGCCUCGAUCCAACUUGGUCACAUCCUUCGGGAGCCCUGACCAUGCUUGGCGACUCUGUCCAUGCGACACUACCAUAUCUCGCCAGUGGUGCUGGUAUGGCUCUAGAAGAUGGCGGCGUGCUCGGACUAUGUCUCGCCAAGCUCAGCGACAAAUCACCAGCCUCAAAGCUGAAAGCGCUGGCUGUCUACGAGUCAUGCCGUCGAGAACGUACCGAGAUGGUUGUGCAAAGAGGAACAUAUAACCAGUGGAUAUAUCACCUUCCUGAUGGUGAAGAGCAGAGACAGCGAGAUGAACGAUUCAGACAAUACGGAAAGUGGGAUGAGGAGUGGCUCAGUGGCGAGAACCCAAUUAUCCCGCAGUCGUCGGAGACCGGAGAGGACCCAUUUCCUUGGAGAUAUCAUGGAGUUGGACGGUGGUUGUUGACGUAUGAUAUGUGGAAGGAUGUUGAUGAGAAGUUCUCGCAGCUCGACUCUGAAGCCAGUGGCGGCUCACUAAGAGCAAGUCUCUAA